AUGGAGUCUUACUUCAGACUUCUUAUAAGGCAAUCGACGGCGAUGGUCAUGUGAUUCUUUACAAACGCGGCGAGAUGUUGGAGAGCGAAAAGCUUGAAAGGUUUGCAGUUUCACUGUAGUCUGCUUGAACCCACGAAGUCUUGUGACCAAGUUCGCCUUACAGGGAAGGUAUUUUUACUUUGCGAUCUUCCUGAAAAUUGGCCAGAACACUUCUUGGUGUACCAGAGGAAGAUUCUGAAAGUCUCAUCCUGAACAACUUCCUAGUUCUCAAGAAAUAAGGGUCUAAAGCCCCAAAAUAGCCUAUUUUCAUGGGUUUUCUUUGCCCUUAUGGCGUCUUUUCUCAAAAAGUUGUGCAGGUUGAAAGUUUCAGAAUAGUUUUCUGGUACAUCAAGGAGUGUUCUAGCCGAUUUUUAGGGAAGUCUCAACUCCAAAGUAUAUCAAAGUACAUUCCUUGUUAGAAACUCAAAGAAAAAAGAAAAUUGGGAUAACCAGAAAAUCAAUAUUUUUUCGAGUAAAAAAUAUAAUUUUUAUCUAUCAUGUGAGAUAAAGAAGCUCACGAAUGUUAUCUAUUAAUAAACAAGUUAUAAAAAAAUAAAAUACGAGUGAACUUUUCGAACGAUUUUUCCUUUCAUAGCUAUGACGCCUAUUUAAGGUGGCCGGUCGUAUUACGGUAGUUUGGAUAGGUUUUUCAAUAAUAAAAUGAAAUCUUGCGUACUUUUUGUGUUGUAACUCACCUUGUAAUCUCGAGAAAUAGGUCCUUAACAAAUUGCAAAAAAUAAAGAAAAUUAAAAACAUUUCCUGGCUCCAAAACUGACUGCGCAAUAUUGACCGGCCGCCGUAGUACUCUCUCAAACUUGCGUGAUAGUUUUGGAAAUUUCUUAGAUAAAUAAUAAUAAAAACCUUUUUAUAGACGACAAAUAAUUUUUCUGAGGUCAUAAACGGCAUGUGAAUAAAUCGCAGCGGUCGUCAAAAUUCUCCGUGUCGGUUGAAUAAACAGAAAUAUUUUGCUCGUCCAAAAAAAAUAACUAUAAAACUCUUCGGCUACCGUGUGAUUCGAUACAAAAAAAUAUGCCAAAUGGAAUAAUUCCGAUUGAUCGAUCUUCAGAAGAGAAAACGGAGGCGGCGGAUGUGUGCCUGGGAUUCGAGGAGGCAGAUGGCAGAGGGCGCGCGAGGAAACGACCAGACAGACGGUCGGGACACGCAAACCGGCUGCUCCGAGCCUCGUGACUUUUGCCGCCGCCGCCGACCUGGUGCAACUUGGCUUACCUUUUCCGUCGCGCCAGUGA